CCGCGUUCCAGGGAAAAAAAUUCCGCUUCACUUUGCUCCAUUCCAACCAUCGGUACGACAGCAAGCAUUUUAUCGACGAAGCAACAAGCAUGACAACACUUCCAUCGACCAGCAACUCACACGUCGUUUCCUUUGUUCUCGUCUCCGUCCGUUCGAGUAGUAGUAGUAGUCUUGAUUGUUAACCUCUGUGGAGCGUGACAGACAAGGAAGAGACCUCAGAACAGAAGGAGCUUGGAGACGUGAAGGAGACGAAAAAAAAUAAAAAGGCCAGUCGUUCGGCAAGCCCGCAAGAAGCGGAUUCUCAUAGGGGUGGUACCGGCACUGUCAGCAUAGAGAGUCGUCUUUGUCUUAUCUACGUGAAAAAGCUCUUCUUUUAACAGGCCCAACCGCUAUACAACUUUUCGCCCGUCCAGCCCCGCCCCAUUAGCCUUCCAAUCGAUCUCCAACUCGUAACUUUGCUCUUACUCCCUUGACCGUGAACAGCGAAACAAAAGGGGAAAAAAUACAACAAGGGGGAGAGGAGGACAGUCCGUCCGGUAACCCGUGUGAAACUAGGGUCUCAGCAAUUUGCAGUCUCGCUGAGCUCUGGACGCGAGCUCUUCUUCUUCUUUGCUUGCGGGCAUGGCCUCGACGACGUUUCCGGCCUCGGACCUGUACGCAUUGCAGGAGACACCGUCGUCCGGGCGGGGCGUCUUCGCCACGCAAGCCUUGCGCGCCAACACCGUGCUCUUUAAGACGGACCUGCUGCCAGCGUACGUCGUGUACCGCGAGUACAAGCGCGAGGUGUGCGCGCACUGCUUCGCGUACGACAGCUCGCGCGCACACAAGCUCAAGGUGUCCGAGACGGGCCACUCGUUCUGCAGCAAGGACUGUCUGCGCACAUGGAAGGCUGAAGCCGGUUCCGUCGGCUUGCAAGCGUGGGCCGCGCUCGAGACAUUUAUCAGGGGUGGCAAGACGGGGAGGUCGAGCGGGCCGAUGGACGGCAACGUGUACGACACGCUUCCGGACGAGGGGGCGACACGGCCGUCAGCGGACGAGAUCAGGAUCGCGUGGGAGCAAGCCGAGCGCACUGCGGAGGCGAUCCGCAAAGCGAGGGACGGCUCCAAGCAAAAGGUGCACCGAAAGGCCUUGCAGUCAACGCUGUCGCUGCAGAUGUACCCCGACACGCUCACCUUCCUACUCAGCGGUGUCCUCACGAUAUCGAGACAGGCGGAGUCGCAGGACUGGCAAUCCAUCCUCGACCUCGUCGCCGACGAGACGCCGUACGCAUCCCCGCAGGACCUGGCCAAGAACGUGAGAUCGUACCUGCACUUGCUGUGCGUCCUGCCCACGGAGCUGCUGCCCCACGUCACGGGCGCCAACUGCCUCACGCUCGUCUCGCGCGACUCCCACAACUCCUUUGGCAUCCGCAGCCUAGACGACAACGGGUCGGAGAUGUUCGGCUUCGGCGUCUGGCCUACGGCCUCGUACUUCAAUCACUCCUGCGAGCCCAGCGUCGCAAAGAGACGCGUGGGCCGAGCCUGGGAGUUCUGGACUGCACACGAUGUCGAAGCCGGCGAGGAACUGUGCAUCAGCUACAUGGGCGGCGACGAACAGGACCUGAAUCUGGUUGAGAGGCGGCGACGGAGCGAAGAAAUCUGGGGGUUUCUGUGCGCGUGUUCGAAAUGCAUGUGCGAGGAGGAGGAGCUUGAGGAGGCGACCGUGGGGAGCGACGGAAGUCGAUGUUGAUUUCAAUACCGUUACUCUCUGAAGGAAAGGGAACUUGUGUCGGGGAGGAUUUUCUGCCUUCAUAAAAAAUAGUGAAAAAAAAAAGAAGAGACUUGUGCACACUUCCGCUUCCAGCGUGGCGGAUGAAAAUUGAGAAUGAGAAACUUGCCCCAGACGAAACUAG